UGUAUUAAUGGCGAAUUUACCGAUUUUUAGUUUUGCUAUAUGUCAAAAGACAAUUCUUCAUUGCUUGAAAUGGCGUCCCUCCACAUGGCCAUUAUAAAUGUUUCUUACUUGUAAAGAUGUAUUAAUUAAUUACAUCGUAAUAAGUGAUUUACUUCAUGUGAAAACGUACUUCGACUUUUGAUAAGUUGUAUAUACUAACCUGUACAUAUACUGUAAAGAUGAGUUCAAAUACUAAAUCCACCUCGAAAGGUGGUAAAGGGUCAAAAGGAGAAACUAACAAAUCAAAUAAACAGGACAAAGGAGAUACAGGAAAAAUAUCAAAUGAUAAGUCACAACAUAUUGGCGCAGGAGAAGGAGCAAAAUCACAAAAAAGUAUUGAAAUUGAUGUAAAAGAAAAAGUGUUUAAAUUGAUAGAGUUCACUCAGCGUUCAGAAGAAGAGGUGUGCUUUGCUUUACAACAAUGUGACAAUGAUCCCGAUCAGGCUGUUAAUAUGCUGUUUGAACAAGGCACAGAGGGUGAAUGGGAAACUAGAAGCAAGAAAAAAAAGAACAGGCAAGCUUCAGUGAGCAAGGGUGAUGGUGCAGAUGUUGGAGGGACUGGUGAGUGGAAUGAGAAUCAGACUCAGUCAGGGGACAAAGACAAAUCUCGGAACAAAAGUGGUGGACCCCCACGUCUUCACGGGAGGAACAAUGACAGCCGUGGAUGGAAAGGAAGAGAAAACAAGGAAAAUGAACGCAACAACACGGACGAGGGCGGUCAGUCAGAAAGAAGAGAAAGACGGGGUCGAUCAGGGGGACCGACUCGUGGUGGUGGCGGACGAGGAAGAGGUGGCGGUCGUGCAGGUGGACGUUAUCCACCCCGCGGUGGUAACCGUAACAACAAUUCGUUCAACAACCGCCCGAUCGAUACUUGGGACAAUGCGACCAGUUGGAAUAACACAACCGUCACCUUUUCUUCGUCCCAGACUAACAAAGAAGAAGUGUGGGACGAUUUUCCGACCACGGAUGACUGGUCCACCGAAGAGUACACUGGUAGUUUGGCCGAUACGAAAGUGUUCACGCCUAGCACACAACAGCAAGGGGAUACAGAUGUCGGAAUCGAUGUGGCUUCGAAUCUGGAUGCCAACGGUACCAUGCAACCCCCGUCGAUCGUUGAUCCCUCCACCCUUGGUUCUGCUGCCCAGCAAUUAUCCCAUGCAAUGGAUAUGCACAACCAGGGAACUAAUCCAAUUACCUCAAUGAGUCCCACGUCAAUGGUGGGUGGCCCGCUGAACGCGGCACAGACGCAAUAUUUGAGCAACUUCACGCAACAGAAUUCAGAAACUCUCAAAUCCGUGCAAUAUGGAAAUGCUUCGGUAGCGGCAGCGGCCGGGCCCCCGCAAGCACAGUACAACUCGGGACAAGUGUUCGUCAAUGCAAAUGCAGCGGCACCCACGGCCGGAUCUCAGCCCUACGCCAGUGCGCCGCAGACUUACGGCGGUGCGCCACAAACUUACGGCGGUGCGCCAGCGCAGAAUUCGUAUGGUGGUACGGCUUACUACAGGGGCACAGGCAAUGAACACACGGGACAAGCGCAGCAGGCCACCACCAGAGCGAAGACGCAGAGGGCGCGUGUACCUCCACCAUCCAAGAUACCUUCGAGUGCAGUAGAAAUGCCUGGAGAUCUGAAUAGUAGCAUCGGGUUUUUGGACGUACAGUUCGGAGCCAUGGAUUUUAUGUCGGAUGGCAAUUCAUUUGAUGGGGACAAGUAUGCGUCUCAAAAUGAGUCUACCAAUAGUGUGAAUGCAAACGCGAAUCUUGACCUCAGUCAGACGGGACAAAACGCUCCCUCAAUCGACGCGUAUUCGACCACAAAGCAGGGCAACCAAGGCAGUAUUACUUCAGCGCUUUCGCAAAACCUUUCGAACACGGACGCAAUGCCGCAGCAAACUAGCGAACACCUGACGAAUACGUAUAACACGGUGUCGAGGAGUUCGGCGCAGGUGACGAACGCGGCGGCGGUUGGCGUCGUGGCGCCUUCGUCGGCGCCUACCAUGGACAUUAACAAGCAAGCUUCUGACACACAUUCGUACGCUCCUUCGUCCACGUACAAUUCGUAUCAAACAAAGACUUCGACUGCGUAUCCGGCGCAAAACUACAACUCGUCUAGUUACAAUCCCGCUCAGACAACGACAAGUUCGUACACGGCUAAUCAGGGUAGCAGCAGUUACUCCAGCGGUAAUGCCGGAUCCUACAACGCUUCCAGUGCUACGGCUGGGUAUCAGAAUGCGUAUUCGUCGAAUUCGUACCAAGGAAACUCGGGAUCAUCUGGAGGAUUCCCUUCAAUCAGCCAGGCCAAUACUUAUCCUGCGCAAACAGCCACAGCAGCCGCAGGCAAUCAAAGCUAUCAGCAUAACGCUAGUCAAUCGGUCUACGGUUCGAAUGCAGGUUUAAAUAGCACAUCCGGUUUUGGCAACACGUCGUCUAGCACUAAUCAGUACAGUACCUACAAUUCGACGAGUAACAAAUUGAAGGAUUCUUCGUACGACACGAGCAACACGACGACACCCAGUUCGGCGACGAACACGAGCAGUAGCGUCAAUACAACAACGGCGUCAUUAUCGCUCUCUCAAACAACCACGACUGGAACUAAGACUGCAACCACAUUAGCCAAAAAUACAAGUAGUGUUAUGUCGAAUAUUCCACCUGGUGUUGCUGCCCCCGUGAUGAGUACGCAGUAUAUAAUGAGCCAGGGAAUACCCUAUUUCCAACAACCCAUUUAUUCAUUCGAAGAUAUGCAAUUGUUACAACAAAGGAUUCCACACAUGACGACCGGUUAUUAUGACAUGAGUUAUCAGACGCCAACAACGCUGGCGGCGGUCCGCGACGGCGCCCUGGCUAACGUGGCUUACUCGAUCUCGGAUGGACGGUUCACACGCGGUGAUAACACUUCGCCAGUCCCAUCAACCCUCUCCCAACAGACCAACACGCUCACGCAGGGACAUCAGCAAGCACAGCCUAUGCUUGCCCAAACUGCAGGGCCCGCACCCUUCUUCUACACCGCGGCCGCAUACAAUCCCAUGCAACCCACAUACCAGUUUGGGGCUGUUUAUCCUCAACUGCCAACUGUCACAAAUGCUCACGGAUCGAACAGUACGAGCCAGUACCCAAAACCCGCGACGUACGCUUCUGGAUAUGGGUCAGGCUACGACGCCCUGUCUCAGUCACAAGAAUACGGCAAAGGGGGAUACAUGAGCAACACACAGGGUCAGAACAAGGGCGCCGCUGCCAAUUCGUCAUCUACUGGAUCUACCGGAAACGAUCUCACAGCUGUGUAUGGAAAAUCUCAUACAGCAUUAGGCAAAGUCAAUUCGUAUGAGAAGCAGGGUUUUCAUUCGGGCACGCCUCCUCCAUUUACUGGACCGCUCCAUGGUAGUCAGAAUGCGGGACUGGCGCCCAGUGGAACAGGUUACGGGCCCCAAAUGUAUAUCCCCACAAUAGCCCCACAUCAACAGCACCAUUCGACUCAGUUGAUGCAUCAGCCUUUACAUCAGAUUGAAGUACGGCACCAAAACCGGCGUAUGGAGUCUAGCAACAGUAGUGGCCAACGUUCGCAAGCUGCGAAUCAGGGAAAGUCCGGGAAUAAGCAGUACCCUACGUCCUACUGGAAUCAGGCAUAAAAAGCGCGACAUUCAGUUUUAUUAUUAUCCCUCUUUUUCUCCGUCGUCGGUUUUUUUGCUUUUUUCCACCAAAUCACUACUGCUGCAAUGACAGUCGCAGCCGCAGCCGCAUCCUUUAAUAAUAUAUAUUAUUGUGUAAUUAUAUUUAAAGUAACAUUUGUGACCCAAGCAGCGUAUGGCUUUAGAAAAGACGAUGACUUGAUUUCGAGUCAUCCUUUUGCAUUUAGUUUCUAGCCGCGAACAAGCGGCAUAUUAAUAAUUAUUACUACUACUUCUACGAUUAAUAAAUUAUUACUUUGUAUACAUACA